AAUAAAUAUAAUACACAGUUUUUCAGAUACUAGUUAGAGAGGUUUUAUUUUUUAUUUACCUCAAUGCCUUUUUCAUUUUUAACCCCAGAAAAUUUCUGCUGCCUGUGCACCCAUGAAAAGGGCCUUGGCUUCAAGGGAAGUGGCUUCCACUGCAUCAUCCCCCAGUUCAUGUGCCACGGCAGCGAUUUCAUGAACCACAAUGGCACCGGGGGCAAGUCCAUCUGUGGGAAGAAGUUUGAUAAUAAAAAUUUUAUCCUCAAACACAUGGGACCAGGCCUUCUCUCCGUGGCCAACUCUGGUCCAGACACCAAUGGCUCCCAGUUCUUCCUGAUGUGUGACAAGACAGACUGGCUGGAUGGCGAGCUCGUGGUGUUUGGGGAGGUCACCGAAGGCUUGGAUGUCUCACGGCAGAUUGAAGCCUAGGGCAGCAAGAAUGGGAAGCCAAAGCAGAAAGUGAUCCCAACUGUGGAGAAUGUGUGUGAUCCAGCACUUUCUCUGCUCUGCCCUCUCCCUGCUCCUGCCCCCUGUCCAGGGGAACCAGCAGGGAGCCCUUCCUUGGUGACAGCUUUGAGUAGCUCCUCCCGCGGGCACUGCCAGGACUUCCCCUGGGCUCCUCCCAGUGUGUGGCUGUGGGCAUGGGGAGGCAGCGCAGGAGCCCACCCACCCUACUGUGGACGUCUGGUGCAACCAGAUGAACAAGCCAUUCCCCCUGAGCAAGGGAAAGGGAAAUGA